GGGGCGUGACAGUUGAACAACAACAAUCAAGCUUCCGGUUUUUUCCCAUUCUUACUAGAGAGUUCACUAGCAUGUUCUUGUGAGCGUAAAAUCGCACAAUCAGCAAGUUUAUGUGUAAUAGAUUUACGUGUACACUAGGUACAUUUUAUUAUUUUGUUUGUCGUGGAAUAAGAGCACCGAAAGAGCUAUUACUGACUUUGAUACACCGCUUUAUUUGGCCAUUACACCGCGGACAACUUCCAAUACGGGUUAUUAUGAGCGAAGGAGAGAUAUUCCAUGAGAAGCAGCGACUGGAGUUGUGCGCCAUUCAUGCUCUGAACAACGUUCUGCAAGAACAAGUGUUCACCAAGGAGACGGCAGAUGACAUCUGCAAGCGGCUAGCUCCACAGUGUGUGGUGAACCCUCACCGCUCGAUGCUGGGCACAGGCAACUAUGACGUCAACGUCAUCAUGGCUGCCCUACAGAGCAGAGAGUUGGCUGCAGUAUGGUGGGACAAACGCAGAACAGUACAGAGUCUCUGUGUUGACAAGGUUCAGGGGUUCAUCCUGAACGUUCCGUCACGUGUCUCUCUUGGAAUUGUGUCCCUCCCCGUCAAGCGGCGGCACUGGCUUGCAGUGCGCCAGGUUAAUGGACACUACUACAACCUCGACUCCAAACUAAAGAGUCCUGUCUGCAUCGGGAACGAAGCAGAUCUCCGUACAUUUCUCAGUGAACAGCUGUCUCCGGACGUGGCAGAGAUGCUCCUGGUUGUGAGGAGGGAUGUGGAGGAGUACGGAACCUGGCUGAACUCUGAUGACCUCAGGAAGUGAUUCCUCUGGCCUGGGCAUUCCAUUCAUUCAACAUGGGACUCAAACUCCUGCUCUACUCUGGAAAAACAAAUAACAUUUUAGAAAACAAGAGACUCUUAACAAAAAGUACAUAUUUCAGGAAAUGCAUUACCGGUUGCUGAGGAGUGUGGGCACUGUUACACACACACACACACACACACACACACACACACACACACACACACACACACACACACACACACACACACACACACACACACACACACACACACACACACACACACACACACACACACACACACACACACACACACACACACACACACACACACACACACGUUCCAAAGAGAAUUUAAGAUGACGAGGGAUUUCUGUCCCAAAUGGCUUGUUUGUAAGUUUACUGGCCUUUGUUUGGAUUUCUACACAACAGCAGCAUCUAUAUCCUCUUUCCUUCUCUCUCUUCCUUCCUUCUCUUCUCUUCCUAUGCACUGCACUGUCAAGGUAGACCAGUUAGAACUGGUUUGUCUUUUAGUUAUUCUAUGCACUGAGAAGGUACAGAGGAGGCACUGGAUGUCAUGUUGACAACUGACUGUGUGAAAAUAACGCUUCUAUGUUUGUGUUCUGUCUGCGUUUACAUCUAACUGCAUAUCCAAGUGAAUGGGAGCACUGUCUUUCUGUUACACGAACUACACACACACACUCAGAGGAUAUAAAGAAAAUGUUAUUUAUAUGUAA